AAUUUUUGCCUUUUCGAUUUUCCAUGUUUUUUUAAAAUUUUCAUGAAAGAUUAAUAAUGCUGUCUGUGAUGCAGUACCCCCUCAUGGCCUCAUCUUCUCUGCAUCAUUUGACUGAGUUUUUUUUUUAGGUCUUUGAGAUUCUUUUUUGGGGUUCUGAGCUUUAGGUGGGUAUUUUCUGGGUACAUUAAAAAGGUUCCCUUUUACGGAAAUGGGAUCUGCUUUUUCACAUCUCAUCAUAAAUAACAAUAACAACUAAAUAAUAAUAAUAAUACUGGUAAUAGCUCUUGGUGGAUAUCUGAUCCUCGUGUAAAAAGAACCACCCAUAGAGGUCAUGAUUCCUAGCACAGACCUUGUCUUAUGUGCAGAAAUGCCUUAAAAAAAAAUAAAAAGAAAAAAAAAAGAAAGCCAAAACUUCUCAUGUUUUGUCUGGGUUUGUGGUUUGUGCAACCGUCUAAGACAUGUACGGGACUGGUUUUGAUUUGAUAGAAUUCUGAUUCUUUAUAAAGAAUGGAGGGUGACACAUUCUCAGGACUUGGUAAUGGCACCCAGAUCGAUGGCAAGGUCUUGCAUACAUUUCAGAAGAACUUUGUUCAAGUCCAGCACAUCUUGGAUCAGAACAGGCUGCUCAUCAAUGAGAUAAACCAGAAUCAUGAGUCCAAGAUCCCUGACAACCUCAGCAGGAAUGUAGGUCUGAUCAAGGAGCUCAACAGCAAUAUCAGGAGGGUCGUUGACCUCUAUGCUGACCUUUCUACCUCCUUUACCAAAUCCGUGGAGGCUUCCUCUGAGGGGGACUCCAGCGGGGCUUUGAGAUCAGAUGGCAAAGCUGGGCACAAGCGAAACAGGCCUGCAUAGAGAAUUUCCUUAUCAAAAUUCUUUUGCAUGGUGGAAAAGAAGAAUUUCACAAUUUGUGUUAAGGUAGUUGAGCAUGAUUAGAUUCUGCAACUCGUGUCAAUGAACCUGUCCCUGGUUCUUCACUUACAUUUCUUAUAAAAAAAAUAAUUUCCUGGAAGUUCUACUUCUCCUCAUUGUAACUCAGUUUCGCUCUGGAUCUAAUUGAAAAAGUACCAAGCAUGUUUGUAUCA